CGUCCGAUUGGCUGGUGCGAGGUGUCACUUAGCCGGCGUCUCCGAUUCCGGAUGUACCUCUGCAGUUGUCUUUAUUUAUUUAGUUUUUCAGUUGGUGGGGUAGAGUUUGAUUAUUUAAAUACUCCCCGUUUCUCUUUUCUUCAUUAAGUUUUAGAUAGUUAUUACCUGAUACUUUUUAAAGUCUGUGAUUUAUUUAUUUAUGUUAUUUAUUUCGGAGUCGACAGCUCUUUCUUUAAUAAUUUGACGAGCCAGACGCAGGAGGCUGUGUUAUGUGCAGCUAUGGGCUUUAGGCCGGGUUGCAAUGCUGUCUGCUGAUGCAUUUAAAAAAAAUAAUAAAUCCAAUUAAAGAACAAGCCUUCACUGUCCGGCGACGCCGCACACACUAAACCGACCGCAAACCAAUUAAAAGACUUGAAUGUCCUCCUUGGGGAACAGACCUUCUGACAGGAUCGGAAAGCCGAAAACAAUCUCGUUUUUCCUCGGGCGUCUGGGAUGGUGAGAUGGAGAAGGAGCAGCGAGAGACUGAGGAGGCUGAGGAGGGGAGGUCCGGCACGCUGCCCCCUGCCCCCAGCCCGUCUCUAACAGGCCCUGCGGACGCCUCUCUCGGUCGCCUGUCCCAGCGCGGCCCGGACUGCCGGCCGGAAGGGGACUCUGACGGAGAGGGGGCGGCGCUGGAGCGGCCGUGCCCGGAGGACGGGGAGGUGGGAGGCUGUCCGGCACUGGGCUCGGAGUCGCGGCUGGGGGCGGAGGUGGGGGCGGGGCCAGAAGAGCCCGCCCGCGGCGGGGGUGGGGCUCUGAACGGCGCGGCCGGGGAAGAGCUCUCCGACUCGGCCUCCACCGACAACACCCUGGAGGACUCCAGCGAGUUCGCGGGCCCCCCGCCGGUCGCCGUGCUGGCCGGGGGGAAGCUGGAGGAGGCGGGCGGGGUGGGCGCGGGGGUCCCCGGGGUCUGCUCCCCGCUGUCGGAGCCCGGCAGCCCCCCGCCCUCCUCGCUGGCCCACCGCGAGGAAGAUGUGACGGCCGAGGGGUGGCGGCAGCACAGGAAGCACGUGUUCGUGCUGAGCGAGGCCGGCAAGCCCAUCUACUCGCGCCACGGCAACGAGGAGGCCCUGUCCUCCACCAUGGGGGUCAUGAUGGCGCUGGUGUCCUUCGUGCAGAGCGGAGACAACGCCAUCCGCUCCAUCUACUCCGAUGACCACAAGGUGGUGUUCAUGCAGCAGGGCCCCCUCGUGCUGGUGUCGGUGUCGCGCAGCCGCCAGUCGGAGCAGCAGCUGCGGCGCGAGCUGCUCUACGUCUACUACCAGAUCGUCAGCAUGCUCACGCAGGCCAGCAUCACCCGCAUCUUCGAGCGCAAGAAGAACUACGACCUGAGGCGGCUGCUCGCCGGCUCCGAGAAGAUCCUGGACGGGCUGCUCAACAUGGUGGACUCCGACCCCAGCUUCCUGCUCUCGGCCGUCCACUGCCUGCCCCUCUCGUCCUCGCUGCGGGACUCCCUGAGCCAGAUCCUGCAGAAGGCCAUCACCCCCAACCUGGUCUUCUCCAUCCUGAUCGCCAAGAACCAGCUCCUCACCAUCGUCCAGGAGAAGACGGUCAUCGAGGACACCAGGCUGGAGCCGGCUGACCUGCACCUGCUGCUCAACCUCAUUGGUGCCUCCUCCGCCUUCCAGGCAGGGGAGAUCUGGACCCCUAUCUGCCUCCCGCUCUUCAACCCCGACUGCUACUUCUAUGCUUACAUCUCCUACCUGGACCCCCCGCAGUGCACGGUGUGCCUGCUGCUGCUCUCCACCGACAAGGAGGCCUUCUACGCGGUGGCCGAGUGCAAGAGGAAGAUCGAGGAGGGCAUGCGGACUCAGAACGCGCUGCACACCAUCGCGGGCGCCCAGCCCUACAGCGUGACGCAGGUGGGCGUCUCGGACCUGCGCCACUUCAUGUACAAGCCCUUCGACGUGCCGGACAACCACCGCCAGCUCACCCAGUUCACCAGCCCGGAGCUGGAGGCUCCCUACAGCACGGAGGAGGAGAGGCGCCGGCUGCUCGACCUGUACCGCUACCUGCACAGCCGCAUGCACAGCUGCACCCGGCCGCUCAAGCUCAUCUACCACGUGGCCGAGAGGGAGACGCUCCUGGCCNAGGUGACCAGUAAGUUCGAGCUGUACACCUGCUUCAGCCCCCUGGUGACCAAGGCCUCGGCCAUCAACGCCAUCACCAAGCUGCUGCGCUGGAUCAAGAAGGAGGAGGACCGCCUCUUCAUCCGCUGCCCCCCGAAGUACUCCACCACGCCCCACCCCAGCAAGGGCUCGCGGGGGGGCAAGGGGGGCUCGGACCGCCAGGACACCACUGACAACGGCUUCCUCCCCCCCCUGUAGGAGCCCCCGCCCUUCCUGGUGCGGGACAGGGGCGCCCGGGGCCGCGUGCGCUAACGUGAGGACCACACCCGCAGACUAACUCGCUGGUCUCCUGGCGGCUUGGAUUGUAAUGGACACCUUUCCUCUCAAGACAGGUUCUUUUUUUUUUUUAAUCGUCUAGGUACUGCUAGGCGACGCAUUUCUUUUCUCUUGGGGGGGGGGGAUGGGGAGGGAAAGCAGAUCUAGGGAAAGGUGUCAUUCAGAAAUAUCAGCCAGCGAGGAUCUGGAGGGGUCUGGGAGUGUGGUCUUUGAAGGUCUGUUACAGGAUGUCUCUGGGCUGCACAGGUGUGCAGACUUUGGGCAAGGUUUACACCGGGAGCUGAAGAGCUUGCUCUGCAAAUCAGGAGUCUUUGAACAUGAAGACCUUAUCAGGCACCGUAUGCAGAAGAAACUUAAGUUUUAAUUUUAAAAGAGCCAGGGACGUUGGCAUCUUGGUCAUAAAAUUGGGGAGAGAUGCCUGAUUGCUCUGUGAAACUCUACACUCUGAAGGAAGCUUGUUUUUGUUUGACUAGUCAGGUUUCUUUAGAGAUGUGUGGAGCGAAUGUUUGAAGUUAUAGACCGUUGCCCUGGGAGCUGGUACUGACUCGAACCCCACACAGCUCGUCGGGGCUGGGGCUGUCCCGAGCAUGUUUUCUGUGACAACAACAGAAACCUAUCCCCGGGCGAGACCGAGCGUUAUUUUGAAUGAUCGUCCCGUGAUCGGGUUUUCUAGCCUUUUUCUAGAAAGGCUGACGUUUUCUAGAUCAAAAAUUCAAAGCGUGCGUGUGCAAACUCGAUGCUGAAAUAAAUCCUCAGUUCCCCA